AAGCAGACAGCAGUUAUGUAAUCUGUCUAGGGCCAUCCAGCCGGGAAAUGGCAGGACCAAGUGUCAAAUCCGGAGCUGAGCUUUAGAACAAAUGGUCUCAACCACGUCUCCUAUUCCGUUGUCCGUUCGUGAAGAAAAUCUUUGAUGAGCGUCCAUUGUACGAAGGCACUGAUCUGAGUCCUGCUGAGGAUCAGCGAGACUUUGGCUGCACCCUGGAGAAGUUUGGGAGUUGGCGGUGGAUCAGACCACGUUCAGCACAGAACCCUGAAUGGGCUCAUAGACUUCUCCGUGGGAGCUGGCCUUUCAGGGUGGUGUGCAGGUGACUGAGGCGGCCGCGGUCGCGAUGUCGCCGCGCGGGCGCGCGGGCUGAGCCGCCCCGAGGAUGGGCUGCGGCGGGAGCCGGGCAGACGCCCUGGAGCCGCGCUACCUGGAGAGCUGGACGCGCGACACCGAGUCCACCUGGCUCACGGGCAGCGACACGGACGCGGGCCCGGACGGCGGUCUUUUUGAAGUACGAGGAGACAGAGCCUCAGUGAGGGGUGCCCCAGAAGAUGGCCCGUCCCCCAGCAGUGCGCCCCGAGCCACCGUCCCUGGUGGGGUCUCCAACCCUGAGAAGAAGAUGAACGGGGGCACCCAGAAGCAGAAUGGCCUUUGGACCACAGAGGCUAAAAGAGACACAAAGCGAAUGUCUGCCAAAGAGGUCACCAUUCACGUGCCGGCCGGCCUCCGCCAGAUGGACAGAAGUAACAGAGUCACGAAGAACUGCGUCAACUAGUGGUGUCCCGAUGUAGGAGCAGAGGGGUUUGGGGGGCCCUUUGCCGUCCUGGAUGCCACUGAGGAACCUUGAAGUGGCUGACCCUGCCGGGCAAGACGACGCUGGACACUGGAGCAGAGCCUUGAUCCCUCAGCCCCUGCUGACCACGGUCCAUGGACUGGACGGUCUGCAGGGUGCCCAUGGGUGGGCGGGGAGAUGGGGUCCGGUUCGCCCCUUUGCAGCCCUGUCGCAGGUCUGGUGGAGACAGGGUGAGCUAAAGCCCCGGGUUGGCUUUGAGCAGGAAGGGGCAGGGGUUGGGUGUCUCUGCUGGUGACAGUUGGCCAGUGGCCAGUGCCAGGCCUCACAGUACUGUGUCCCAGCCACACUCAUCCUCUCCCCUUCCUGUCCAUCCUGCCAUCACGAUCUCACAGGGUUCUCUAGGAAGCCAGCUUCCCUCAACUCCAGCCCAGAAGUUUGUGUGAACCUGAGGCCCAGGGACGGUCCCUGUGGCCCCUUAGCUCAGUGCAGGCGGGUUAGAGCCCACACCCUGGUGCCAGCCUCAGCAGCACCCACCUGGAGCGUCUUUGGGGUGUCUCUGUGAUGUGCAGUCAUGUUGCCAUCUGCGUUGGCCUGGAAAGUGCUCAGUGCUGGUGUCCAAACUCCAAGUCCUUGGGGGCCAGAGAUCCCGGCCAGGACGCCCCGGGCUCAGGCAGAGCUUCCGAUCCCCUCCCCCUCUCCUCCCAGGGUUUUGUCUCAUUCAGGGUCCUUUGUAGUCGUGAUCAAAGACAGCGAGGAGGACACCGGCAGGAGACAGGUCAUGGGAAUGUGGGCACCGCAGGCUUCCUGCCUCUGCCCACUGCCUGGCACAGAGCCCCUGGGUGGAGAGGGCCAGCGCCUGCCCGAUGGUGUGAAUUCCUAGGUGUAGACCUAAGCUGCUGACCUGGUUAGAGGACAUUUGAUAGGGAUCAUUUUCUAGUUCUUUUUAAAAAAUGUGUUCUGCUGGGCAUACUUUCCUCCAAAUAAUGUGGCAUGCUUUUUAAAGGACUGUUAACAUGCCCCGGGAUGGGUGGGCAGGGGAGGUCAGGCGGCCAGCACUGGGUCUCUGGUGUGGGCCGUUCAGAUGCUCGGCCACUUUGUGCUGCCUCCUCACCCGCAAGGAGUGUGACAGGGCCCACUGGCAGGCUGUGUAGACACUAAAGGAAACGCCCGCCAUGGCAGCCACUGUGCUGGGGUGUGGCGGUCCAAGCCGUGGGCCCCGUCCAGCAGGGAACGGGUAAUGGGGAGAAGGACGUCACCCCAGGGCCUGGUGCAGGUUGGACGUGAACUUUCCUGUCUGGCAGCCGUGUGCGUCCAGCCCCUGUCGAGGUGUCACGAUGGCGGUGCAGCCAUUGCUGUGCAUGAGACCAGUUUCCUCACCUCCCACCACUCCGACUCCUUGCCAAAGGGCUGACAGGGAACUUCCGGUUCUCGGUGUUUUUUAAAUAAAAGCCAACCCUGUGA